AUGCCAUGUUUAUUAAUCUCAAGUUAUCAGCAACAAAUGUCGAAUUGGCCUGAGCUUCCUGUUAACUCCAUUAUCUCUUGGUUAUCGUCUCAAACCUCCUCUUUGGUUGUGGCUGUUUUUGGCUGUGGUGAUGCAAGGAUUGCAAAGAGUGUGAAGAACAAAAUUUUCUCCUUUGAUCUCGUCUCAAAGGACCCAUCUGUUAUUGCCUGUGCUAUGUCAAAUACUCGGCUUGAGUCUAUAUCAGUAGAUGUCGCUGUUUUCUGUUGUUUCACUAACGGGAACAAACUAUUGUAG